AUGCUAGAACCGCAUGCGAUAUCCAGACCGAUGGAUCAAACAAACGCCUACGGCCACUCGCGGUCCCGAACGACCUCCUCCAACAUAUUCCCCAUCCAGCAGCAACCGCCACAGCAACAGCCCGCUUCUCAUUAUCCGCAGGCAAUGCCUACGCAUAUGCAGAACACGCGUCGGUCGCCGUCCGUUAACACAUUUAGCACAACAUCCAGCAUGCAACCGCCGGCUGCAUAUCGGACUUCCUCGUCGACAGACCUCCGUCGUUCCAUCUCCAGCCGUUCUGGUGGAACAACCGCGCCGCCAUCCAGCUAUGUUGCCCUUCUGCGCCGGCAAAAGGCCACAGUCUGGUGCGAUCGAGCUCAGUAUGAGGACCCUCGAGUAGCAGCUCAACAAAAGGCAGCCAAGAUGCGCGCAAACCUUGAAGUGGUUGGCGGCGGGCGAGGUACUGUCGCUGCCAGCCGAACCAACACUGGAAUCAGCGCGACUGGCAAAGUUGCUGCCAAGAUCAGGCAUCAUGGCAAGACACCUGUUGUUGGGUAUGCUCCAGGUGAUACGAACCAUGUCGGUGUUGGCGGCGUGCCUCUGAGACUUAGUGCCACAGAAGUGGAAGGAGAAAGUAGUGAUGACGAUGAUACUCAGGCAGCAUCUCGCGCACACCACCGCCGCACAGGAAGCAGUGGGCGAAGCAGCAUUGGGAGCGGUCGACGAGGUCUGCAAUAUCGAGCCUCUGGCAGCUCCGUUACGGUUGGAGGCCAACGACGAAGUCCCGGUGGCACUCCGGAGCGGACUGGUAGUCUGAUUGAGCGACCGGAACGAACUAUGGACGACUCGGCGUCAGGACGGGCGCAAAGCUCACGGAGUGCCAGCAGCGGAGAACGAGCCGACAACAUUGGUGAAUUAAGUAGCAACCCUAAACUGGCAAUCAAUUCCCAGAGGCUUUCGGUUCUUGGUAGAGAGAAGAGCGUCAAGAGCGCUGACGAGCUUAAGCGACGAGGCAGCGUCGACGAGCGGACCGCAACACUCACAUCCGGCCGCCUUUUCAUUGCCAACCCUGAUUAA